UUAGAGAUGAUUAGACUUAGACUUUAGACUUAGUCGACUUAGACGACUUAGAGUACUUGACUUGGACUCAUUACUCAUGAUUACUGACAUUAGUUCAUUAGUGAUUAGUCAUUAUCUUACUAUUAUUAUUAUUAUAAGUAUUAUAACUUAAUAUAACUAAUCUUAGUUUUAGUCACUCUUAUCAUUAAUGAUUAUUUUGAUUUUGAAUGAUAGAUUUUAAUGAUAUUUAAAAAUAAUGUUAAACUACCCAGUUAGCCCAGUAACUUGAGUAACCUUGAUAUUGAUAGUCAUAGCUCAGCUGCCAUAGGCAUAAUCGAAUCCUCAAGACUAAAGUUGAAGACUAUGAUUAAAGGAAAACUCCAAUGGUUUUGACAAUUUUUGAUAAACUUUAUUUAGAAUCUAGAUCUAAAUUUAAAUAUGUGUUUUGAUUUAGAAAAUGAGCAUAUGAUUCUUUUAAUUCUUUUAUUCAACAAUAACUUAGGUCUAGUGACAAUCUAGUCUUAGUAAUUGAUGUUUUUCUGAUGUAAUUUUUCUGUUCGUCCUAAUUGGUUGCAUUUCUGGUUUCUUGAUUCUAGGUCUAUGUGACGUUACAUAAACCUAUUAAUUUAAUCAAUUGACUUACUGUAUAACGGAAAACUAUACAGUGAAGUUUACAAUCUCGUAAAAGAAAUAGAUCUUGGUCUAUGCAGUUAGAUCUUGAAAGCAAAGAAAAAAACUGGAUUGACUUUCCAUGGCAGUGUAUAUUUUCUCGCCUGACCACUCAGCACAUAACAAGUACUAUCGCUUGGUUGUCUUGUCUUGACUCGACUGACUACACUUAGCCUAGGCUAGCUUUACACUGACUAGUUUGUUAGAAUCAGGCAUACACACAACUACUUAGGUCUAGUGACAAUCUAGUCUUAGUAAUUGAUGUUUUUCUGACGUAAUUUUUCUAUUCAUCCUAAUUGGUGGCAUUUCUGGUUUCUUGAUUCUAGGUCUAUGUGACAUUACAUAAACCUAUUAAUUUAAUCAAUUGACUUACUGUAUAACGGAAAACUAUACAGUGAAGUUUACAAUCUCAUAAAAGAAAUAGAUCUUGGUCUAUGCAGUUAGAUCUUGAAAGCAAAGAAAAAAAAUGGAUUGACUUUCCAUGGCAGUGUAUAUUUUCUCGGCUGACCACUCAGCACAUAACAAGGAAUACCAUGAAAAAGAAAACAAAAAGCAAAGAAAUAAAAUGUACUGAAUCUUAUGUUGUGGAAGAAGUCUGUGAAAGUUUCAGUGGUAACGAAGAACGGUCUUGUUCGUGUGACAAGGCAACCAACACAUUCAUUCCUAUUACACAGCUGACCUUGGAAAAGUUGCCAGAUAAGCUUCAGGAUUCCUCACUACUUGACUUCCUUACAGCUGUGGAGAAACUUGUUGUACAUCUCUACAUCAAAGUUCCAGGGGAAGGCAAGGGUCACACCGGCACUGGCUUUGCCUGGAUAGGCAAAGAUGAAGUUGAUGAGUAUGAUAAGUGUCCCGUUUCUAACUGCCCUGUUCUCACGCCGCACAAAUCAUACGGGGGUGUCAUAGUUUACACCAAUCACCAUGUUGUUGCUAAUGACAAAGAAGCUGCAGCCUGUCAAGUGCGUUUCUUUUUCAAUGAAGGCAAGUUUACACCUAUGUUUUUUGACAAAAUUAAUGCUGGAGUAUACCACUGCGGUGUCCAAGGCAAUGGUGAAACAACAGUACUUGCCUUUGGCCAGGCCUUAAGGGAGCACAGAGUGGCAAAAGAUCUUGUGGGACUGCAAAUAAUCUUUCAUGAAAAAGACCUGUUUGAAAUGGUCCAGGACUUUACUAAAAAGAGGGUUGCAGCAUGGAGCAAAAUUCGCCCAGAGAAAAAAGAUCUGUUUAAGCAACAUGCUGUUGUCAUAUCUCACCCUCACGGUGAAGCCAAAGUUAUUAGCUUUGGUAAGCUCUUGUCUCUUGAAGAGGAUAAGGAGAAAGAAAAAGUGACACGCUACACUGCUUCCACAUGCACAGGCAGCUCUGGGGCUCCUGUACUUACAGGACACUACGCAACUCGACCAUUUACUCACCGCGGCAAAGAGUACUCUGAAACAUCUGUUGUAAAUAUUUCAAACUCAUUUUGAAUAGUGCAUAUAUAAAUGAAAAAAUUUGUACUCGGUUUUCAACGUUAAUACUGCUUGGAAAAUCUACUGUGACAGCUAGUAGCACAAUACAUUAGCUGUAAGAUUCACAUUUUUAAGGAUAAAAUAGACAAAUAUAUGUAACAAUGGUUGUGAGUGGUGAAUAGGUCUUGGUUUUUUAUUAAGUUAAAUCCGACGACCUGAUGUCUAAUUGUACACCAGGGAUUCUAGUGUUGGUGAAGAACCAACAGAAACCCUUUUUUUUGACUAUUAUAAUAUCAUUUUUAAAGUUGAAAUCAUUAAACAAGAGAACACACUGUAAUUCAUGUAAUAACACAAUAUUAUUCAGUUCCAUACUAAAUUCAUGAUAGUAGACUGAACAUGAAGCUUGAAAAUUAUACACUCAUUGAAUUCUUUGGACUCCUGAAACAAGUUCAGCUUUUCUAUUCAUAGUUUUUCCAACCCGAGUAUUGUCAAACCUAAUGAUAGGCGAAAUAAAAUACAAUGUUUUCACUUUUAAUUAUCUCCUGCGACAUUAUAUACUCUUCUGGGUACAGCUACCAGAAGUGAAUGUGUCAAAAAAUAUUCUGUUUACAUUUCUCUGUCAACUUUGAUGUGUCUACCAUUGUGCCGAUAUCUUUAUUUAUUAAUAGAUGACUAUAAUGAUAUUUACUAUUUCAUAUUUUAAUUAACUUUAUUAUACUUAUUAAGAUUACAGCACCAUUUUAGUUAAUAACUAUAUUUAUUUAAAUGUAAUAUGUUUAUAAAAAUUCUUAAGUGUUUAAAAAAUGCACUUGUAUUGAUGCUAAUUUUUUUAUUUUAUAAAUUUUUCUGUGAUAAUAUAUGCAAUGAAUUUUGUUGACUUAACACACACACACAAACCCACUAUAUCACACUGUUUUUUUAUUAUCACAAAUUCAAUCCAAUUUGCAAAAGUGUUUGUUCAUGUAGAGCUUUGAGUUUUCGGAAAUAUAAUUCAUUUUCGAAGCAGGACGUUUUGGCGACGCUGUUUUGGCGCGAAGGUCAUUUUGGCGCGAGCCGUUUUGGCGCGAAAUAUAUUAUGUACGUUUAUGUAUUAUUUCUUUUAAAAGAAUUAUUCAUAUCUAUGUUUUGCAUGAGUGUUUGUGUUAAGACAUAUUUUUCACGAACUAAAUGUAAAUGUGUGUUUGUUUUUCACAUCAUUUUUUUUAAUAAACAUUUUGGCUUGUGUAUGUGUGUUUAUUAAGAGACACACUUUUAUUUUCAAAAAAGUUUUUUAAGAUAUUACUUAAAAAUUAAAAACAAAAUGAAACGAUGAUAGACUAAAAAUUGAUGCAAUUAUUUGUUUACAUUAACGUUGGUUUGUUUAAUGACUGUAUGGUAUCUCCAGCUAUAAAUACCAAACACUUGCUAAUAAUAAGUAAAAAUAUAAUACAAGUACCAUGUUUCUCAAAAUACUUUAAGUUAAGUAUACAUAGACACCAUGGUUAUUUGCCUAAGUCGCUGGAACUCAAGGGUUCAUUAAAAAAAAACUACGUGCUUAUUAAAUUAUCGUCAAAUGAUAUCUCGCUCCAAAACGUCCUGUCGCCAAAACGGCUCGCGCCAAAACGGCCCAUCGCCAAAACGGCGGGGCCAAAUCGGCGUCGCCAAAACGUCACGUACCGUUCAUUUUAGAUUCACCUAAUGACAGAAGAAUAAAAAGGAGGCUUGCCCUCAGUUGUAAUUAUUGAAAUCUUGAAACAAAAAUCACUGAUUGAUUGAGAUGCUAUCAAACAUAUCUAGAGGCUAAAAGCUUUUUCACUUGCAGUCAAUUAAUAAUAUCUUAGUAUCAUUUGCCAACACAAUACUGGUAAACAGACUCCAAAUAACAUUAUUACUGCAUAGCCAUAGACAGAAUCCAGAUUUUUUUAUUUCGCUAAACCUGCUAAAGACUUAUGAAGACAAUGGAUGCUUUAAAUUUUGGACAUAGAACUGAUUACAUAAUGAAGUUUACUUAGACUUAGAUUCUCAAGCGCCAUUUGGCACAAAGAUCUAUCCCUGGCAAUGUCUGAAGCCUCUUCCCACCUGGUGUCCACUGCUCUGAGGUCCUCCAUGAAAGUUUGGCACCAAGUUAUAUGAGGUCGUCCCUAUUUGCUUGUCCUCAUUUUGGCCUCCAUGCCAUGAAAACUAUUGUCAUAAUACAUUUUUUAGCUGAAGAAAAAAACAACUUACAACUUACUUCGUCCUUUGAUAAUUUUAGACAUUUCAGUUACUUCUUUCAUUAAAUUUUAAAUGUUUUUGUAAAAUGUUUGUUUGUAAAAUGUUUUACAUGAUUCGGUUGUUCCUUCAGAGUUGAAGAUAAUUACUUCCUAGUCCAAACCUCCCGCAGGAUGACGGGGGAUGGGAGCGGGCAGGAUUUGAACCUUGGACCAUCGAUAAAUCUGAACGACAGUCCAGCCCGCAAACCGCACGACCAGUUAGCCACCCUAAACAAACAUUUUUUGUUUGUUUGAAGGGCAUUUGUUAAUCUAUCAUUGUCUUGAAUUUAAAGCAUUUAUUCUGUAAGUAAAAUGUGAUGUAGGUCUUAUUAUAUUUAAGAAAACAGACUAACACAAGCUAAAUUAUUUGAAUGCAAGUUGCUGCUGAAUGUAUCAUGCCUUUGUAUAUUAUUAUCUUUCAUGAAUGCCAAACAUAAUUUGUAUUCUGGCAGUAUUGAGGGUAUAAAGUCUUUCAUGAGUUCUAUUAUUUAUGACUGUGUGUUAUAAUACUACCCAAAUCUGUCCAUCACUAAAUGAACAAGCUAAAUAUAAAAAUACUUUAAUUAAAAAAAAAACAAAAAAUGGUUAUCAAAGGGGAAGAACUCCAUAUUUACAAUUAUAUUCCAACAAUGUGGAAGUAAUUUCCCUUUUUUAUAUCCAACAUAAUAAUUAAUUACCAGUAAUUAAUUAACUAAUUGGUUACUUUUUUUGUAAUGAUUUAUGUUUUGUUUAGGUGCAAUAAUUGUGUAAAGUUUCAACUUCAUCUGAGAAUUGGUGUGGGAGAAAUAAUGAGAAUGGGUGUAGUGUUCAAAAUUGUUACAAGACAGAGUGAGUUGAUAUAAGCUUGGUUAACUCUUUCUCUCCGUAAUUAUUUACCACAUUCUGGUGGAAUCAACGCUGGUAUCGUCAGUUAGGUGAGAAAGAGUUAAAAGAGUCAGAUGUCCAGAAAAUGGCUAAUUUUUAGAGUAAACUUGUAUAUAUUUAAGAUUUAUUAGGGCCAGUGCAAAAAAAAUCUUAUUAUGGACAAUAAUAUUCUCAAACCAAAUAGUAAGCAGAUAUGGCUAAAAUAUCAUCAAAAGCUAAUGAUUGAUUUGGUGUGACAAUGUUACUAAUAAUGUGAACCUAUGUGUAGCAAUAUUUGAGAACAUUUGUUUAUUUAUUUUAGUUUUCAUUUCAAAUGUUAAUACAAAAAUUAAUGCACAAAUAAAAGGUAACAUUUACUUCAAUGUUUAUUUUUUAAUUUUUACAUUUCUGUUAAGUGUAGCAAUAUUUAAUAUCUGUUUAUUUAUUGUAGUUUUCAUUUCAAUAGUUAAUACAAAAAUUAAUGUACAAAUAAAAGGUAACGUUUA